CUCAUCGAGCGGGUGCUUCAGCGUGGGUGCUUGCGACGGUGCAGCGCGCGCAAAGGCGCAUUACACAUACACACACACACGCACACACACACACACACACACACAUAUCCGCACAUAUAAUACAUACACAUUUAUAUACACGUACACGGCCGCCACGUAUAGACACGAGGGUGUCCGCACGCGCGCAGCCACGCGCGCGUACGCACUGCUCGCGCGUGCGGCGCGUUGCAUCCCGCAGCGGGCGAAGCGACAGAGAAGCUUUAGGGACGCGAAAGGGCCGUGCACGAAGCAGCAUCAAUCGGGCUUGUGGGCAGAUCGUAGUGCGCGCAAGCGGAGAAUAAUCGAGACGGACGCCUGAGGGGGAAGAUCGACGUGCGAGCUCACAGUGCCGGAGCUUGCGGAGACGCGCUACCUUCUCGGACGAAAUUUCGUCGUGGAGGCUCUUCACCAACUGGAGUGCUUUCCGGAGCCUCCGGCGAGUCGACUCGUCGCGAGGAAUGUACGUGUAAAAUCUGACAGAUUGGAUGCGUCGCGGGAGAAGCACGCGUUUCGCUUGCGUAGGAGAGUUUUGUGGUCGCGCUCCGGCGAUUGUCAGGAAAGCCACGAGGAAAAAGUCUGGGACCACACUGGGAAGAUAGACGCUGCGCGGAACGAGCUUGCGCGAUCGAAAAAAAGAAUUCGCGCGCGCUGUCAAAGUGCUCGAUGAAUAAAUCUCAAUUGACGUUCGGUAAGAACGGAUGACAAACGCCUCUCUUUUUGUUCUGACGCGAAGCACGGCAAAACUUUAAAAAAGCACGCCGGAAAACUGCGGACGCUUUUCUUUCGUUGACUGUUUGGUGUCUAUUUGUAAGCAUUUUCUCCUCUAUUCUAAAAGCAGCUUUGGCGAGGCUUUAUCCCAGCGAAUUUCAACUCCGUAAACGCGCGAGCGAGUUUACAAUUGUCCGUCUGGAUAAUACGCAAAGGUUUCGUAGCAAGAAAUUCUUCUCAUCUUCAGCCAGCUGGCAUUCACGAGCGGACAGCGCUUUGAAGAAAGCUGACAUUUCGAUACAUAGUGUCUUAAAUAAUAUUUUGUAAAUAGUUCUAUAUACAUAUAUAUAUACAUAAACUUUACCUGAAGAGAAAUUUACAAAAAAAUCUAUAAUCUUUUUGCAAUUCUAAAUUUAUUGUCGCGUCGUAAUCAUCAGCCUUUGAAACGAGCCUUCUUAUCGUUAAUAAAAGGAAACAUUUUGUUACUCGUUACUGAUAAAGUUUUCCCGACUCGAUAGGAACGCGUCUAUUGCAUUGACGAACAAUGUCGUCGAUAAUUGUCUUUUCGAGGAGUGGAGUCAAAAAAUUUACGUAAAGAUCGGACGCCAGGAGCUUGUAAGCUCGACAAUGUAGUGUUCUGGUAGGUGCUUGCUGGCGGAGACUCAAGCUCAGACUGUCACGGUAGCUAAGCGAGCCGAAACAGGUGGAAGAUUUCUGCUACGAUAUCCCGAAGAGUAUCACGAAGAGCUAUCGUGCGACUAUCGAUGAUGGUGGAAGGCAUGUUGCCAGAACGCGAUUGGUUAGUCCGGCACGCGUCUCCGCUCGGCUCGUGCUUUGCUGCUACGUGGAAUUCAUCAUUUUGUUAAGUUUUUUUUUUUUUCGAAAACGAAAUAAGGAAAGAAGGAAAUUCCUUGAGAAAUGCCAGGCGUGAAAUGACGAAUUUCGGCUGGUACCCGAUCUUAGGCUGUCAACGUCCAAAUCGUCAUUGUCGACAUAAGAGUAAAUAUUGCUUAGCCAGUUGUUAGUGCGUCUCUUCGGGAUAUCAGUGCGAUGCACGAAACUUAUGACGAUGAACACAGCAAAGUGGGAAAAGUUUUGAUUUUAUCUCUGCAUCUUUUUAAUAUCUGCAUCUCGAAGAGCAAAACGACGAUAAGAAAUUCUUGGAGAAAUUGGAAGUUUGUUCCCGGGAGGGUGAAAGCUUUAUUGAAAAAAUUAAAUGUAGUCACAAUGAGUAGAUAAAUAAAUAGAUUCGUAGAUAAAUAAGCGAACAAAUAGAUGGAAGUAGAGCGGCUGCCGAUUGCGCGGGAGAUGUAUAGUAAAUAGAGUUCUCAAAUGUAAGAGAAUUAAAAUCAGGCUAGAGAAACGUUUAAGAAGAACUUGAAUUAAAAAUAGAGAUCGUUCUUUGAGAGAUGUAGGCUAAUAGUCAUACUAGUAAUCGCCCGGCGGACUUGAAGAAGCAUGAAUCAAACGAACGUCAGCUCGAGCUGACCUAAGAAGGAGCCGAGAUAAAAAGUGGCGUAUUCCACGCCACAAAUUGGAGAGAGGAAGUCUUUAAUUUUAAAGAAUUUAUUGGAUUUGAACUUGGAAGAAAUCUUUGGAAAGCUGCCAGUGGCGGAUGCAAAAAAUCGUUUUAAGUUUGUUGCAAGAAAGAUAUUUAGAGAGUAUUGCCAAAAUAUUGACGAACAUUUGAGCGGUGUCGUAAAUUUCAAUUUAUAAAUGUCGAAACGGCAAAAAAUAUAUAUAUAUAUAUAUAUAUAUUUCAUUCAAUCGAAGAAUCUCAUCUUUCGUCAAAAAAAUUAUUUGCGAUAAUAGAAUCGAUGCGGCUCGAAUCGUGGCUCUAGAAGCUUUAUCGUAGCUCUAGAAGCUCUAGCCAUUCUGAAGAGAGAGCAGAGAUCUAUAGACAUAUCGAGUAAAGGUUGAUUCGGCAAGGCCGAGAGCAGAGCGUAACGCCGACGCUUCGAAUAAGAUCGACGCUGACUUUUCCGUUAUCCUGAAGAAAGAUUCCACCGUCAAGCAUGGCCUCGGUGGCAGCGUGGUUGCCAUUUGCUCGGGCGGCGGCAAUCGGCUGGGUGCCGAUUGCCACACAUCCACUGCCACCGCCGCCGAUCCCCAAGGAUCGACGCAAGGCCGAUGACGAAAAACUGCUAAUCAAUGUGAGCGGCCGUCGCUUUGAGACGUGGCGUAAUACCCUAGAGAAGUAUCCGGAUACGUUGCUCGGUUCGAACGAGCGCGAAUUCUUCUACGACGAAGACAGCAAAGAAUACUUCUUCGACCGAGACCCGGACAUCUUCCGGCAUAUUCUCAACUAUUAUAGAACCGGCAAGUUGCAUUAUCCAAAGCACGAAUGUCUGACGAGCUAUGACGAGGAGCUGGCGUUUUUCGGCAUCCUGCCGGACGUGAUCGGUGACUGUUGCUACGAGGACUAUCGGGAUCGCAAGCGCGAGAAUGCCGAGCGGCUGAUGGAUGAUAAGCUGAGCGAAAACGGCGAUCAGACCCUCCAGCAGCUGCUUGAUAUCCGGCAGAGUAUGUGGCGAGCAUUCCAGAAUCCGCACAUCUCCACCGCCGCAUUAGUCUUCUACUAUGUUACCGGAUUUUUUAUCGCUGUGAGCGUACUAGCGAACGUGGUGGAGACUGUGCCGUGCGGAAAUCGUCCGGGUCGCGCCGGUACUCUCUCGUGUGGCGAGCGCUACAAGAUCGUGUUCUUCUGCCUCGAUACCGCGUGCGUGAUGAUCUUCACGGCCGAGUACUUGCUAAGGUUGUUCGCCGCACCUAGCCGAUGCAAAUUUGCGCGCUCCGUGAUGUCGAUCAUCGACGUAGUCGCGAUAUUGCCCUAUUAUAUAGGGCUCGGAAUUACCGAUAACGAUGACGUAUCGGGCGCGUUCGUGACGUUGCGGGUGUUCCGCGUGUUUCGCAUCUUCAAGUUCUCGCGUCACUCACAGGGACUACGGAUUCUGGGCUAUACCCUAAAGUCCUGCGCCUCCGAGUUGGGUUUCCUCGUGUUCUCGCUUGCGAUGGCCAUCAUCAUCUUCGCCACCGUCAUGUUCUACGCGGAGAAAAACGUCGAUGGCACCAAUUUCACCUCGAUACCAUCCGCCUUCUGGUACACCAUCGUAACGAUGACUACGCUGGGCUACGGUGACAUGGUUCCGAAAACGAUUGCGGGAAAAAUCGUCGGGGGUGUAUGCUCCUUGAGCGGUGUCCUAGUGAUCGCUUUACCGGUACCUGUUAUCGUCAGUAAUUUCAGCAGAAUAUAUCAUCAAAAUCAACGUGCUGACAAACGGAAAGCGCAGAGGAAAGCCAGAUUGGCACGCAUUAGAAUUGCGAAGGCGUCGAGCGGUGCCGCCUUCGUGAGCAAAAAGAAGGCAGCGGAGGCACGUUUGGCCGCUCAGGAAAGCGGGCUGCAGUUGGAGGAGUUCUACAAAGAGGAGGAUAUCUUUGAGCUGCAGCAUCAUCACCUACUUCGUUGUUUGGAGAAGACUACGGACCGUGAAUUCGUGGAGAUGGAGGUGCCGUACAACGGUGCCCCGAAGAGGCCGGGCUCGCCGUCGCCCCUGACUUCCCCCGCGCACAGCACUGCCUCCAGGGGCGGCCUGCUGCAGUCCUGCUGCGGGCGCUGCUACCCCCAACGUUACCAGAGUCUGUCCUAUCAACUGACUACGAACGAGAGCAAGGACAGAGUGGUGAUCAUAUAUGGCGACCGUAUACAGGUGCGAAAAAAGGACCUAAAGAAGCGCGAUUCGCACAUCUGCGACAUGCAGGCCCUACAGCCACUUCCGGCCCCCACCAACACCGCCAACACCGCGCCCGUCAUGACUACUUCCGGUGGGCAACCACCGCUCCCGGUAUCGGAGACCGUUUGAAUCGCGACGAUCACGAGAACCGAUCACGAUCGUCUGUGUGUGACAAUGCGUUAAUCAUGCAUUAUCACACCAUCACUACUCACCUAUAAACUCACCGCCGUUCUCCUCCACACCUGUGCUUGCUGAACCCGAUGAAACGAACCACAGUCGACUACGGUCGAAGCAACGUAAUAAAAAUAAAUUGUUCGCAUCGGUGCCACACGAGGUGGAGAUCAUCAUCAGGUUCAACAGCAUACUAUCGCGAUUGAUUCGCUUCUCAGAGGAUGUGGCGAUCGUUCAUUACUCGACAGGAUUUACGGAUGAUCUACAAGGAAGAUCCAGAUCGUGAAUGUUCUUUCGCGAUCUACUCCGCCGCAGAUCGAUUGUUAUCAAAGCGUGAGGAUCGAUGCGCGGUUUAUCCUCUGUGAUAAUAAUCCUAUCAGGAUUUGCGUCAUUUCGCAGAUUUUCGUUUAACAGAAAAACAUCUCAUAAUAUGUCCUCAUUGCAAUCUCGUUUGGAUGGAUUUCUGUAUAGAGAAGAGAACGUCGAGUCUUUCCUACGGAAAGUCGUGUCGAUUUACCGAUUAAUUUACGACAGCAGCGAGAGACGGUCCGCGAAAUGGGUAAUCCAGGUGUGGCUGAGCGAUUGCGAUUAGAGUCGCGAAUUACACGAAAUUUGUUUGUGUGGGAUCGUGUUCUCGAGGAUUUCGCACUGCUAUUUCGUGUCAGACCGUUCGAUAAAUAAUGUUCUUUCUAAUUGAGAGUCUUGAAAGGAAAAAAAAGACAUCAUUCAUUGUGAUUAUUUAUAUAGUCAAGGAUUUACUAAUUAAUCAAGAUUAGAAGUUUAUUUGCACAAUAGUAGACAAUGUUACUUCACGAUUUUUAAUGCGUGUUAUAACAGUUAUGAAUACAUAUUAAUAAUCAGUGUUAAGCUGGAGCUGAUAUUUAUUGUUAGCUUUAUAUAUAGUUGUUUGAUUCUUCCGUCUUGAUUUCUACCGUCUUUGUAAAGAAUUUGUAUUAUAUGAUAUUUUUUGCAUAGUUACAAUUUAGGCAAAUAAAAAUUUCAGAUCAGGCAAACAUUUAGCGAUCAAUAGAAGAAAAGUAUAAACUUAGACAUUUAUUUCGUAAUUCAAAAUUAUUUCCAGAAAAUAAAACAUUUUAUCUUAAUUGGUUACACUAUAUAAUAUUACGAUCGAUUCAAAUUCUUGGGUGAUAAAAUUCUCAUAUACACAAAUAUCAAUUUCAGCAAUUCAUAUAAAUUUAAUGAUUUCUAAUAUAUAUGAAUUGCAUGCAGAGCACACAAUUAUGAAGCUGUAUAUCAUAUAAAUACUAAUUGUCAAAGUUAAUCAACAAAUUUAAUAAUUUUUAUUAUAUUAUUUUAAACGUUUUGAUAACUUUGAAUAUAUAUGAUUAAAAUAUUAUAUUAUAAUUAAUGUUUAUUGUACACAUUAUACAUUAAUACUUCACUAUUUAUUAUUAUUUCUGAACAUCAUUUUUAUUAAUAUCAAUAUAUUUUUAUAAAUACAUGGUAAUACAUGAUAUUCUUAUCUAAAAUUCAUUGUUUAUACACUUUUUAGAAAAAAUUAUUAUUGUUUAAUGAUUCAACAAAAGAGCUUUUAAUAGUAAAGUGUUUUUCUUAUUUAUUUCACACACACGUUGUUACGAUAAGAAUUAUGAUAAUAAGAGCCAAAGAGGUCAGUACGAAAUCAGGAGACAGAGAGACAGAACAUAUCAAAAACGAAAGGCGCGGAGACAUUAAUAUAAAAUUGUUGAAAUCAAAAGUUGUAAUUUAUUAUGACUGCUGCUUUUAAUUAUAGAAGAGAAAAGUCAAGAUAUUUUUCAUUAUUUUGACAAAGAAAAUUAUUUCGAUUUAUUUUUUCUUUUAUUACGUAUUCAAAAUCAAAUUAUGUAAUUUAAAUAAAUAAUGAUUUUGCAACAAAGAAAGAAAGAAAGAAAUUAUAUAUAUAUAUAUAUAUAUAUAUAUAUAUAUAUAAUUUUAAUUCUACAAUUUUAGUUUUUGGAAAAAAAACUAUUUUUGCCUUUUUAAAUAAAUAAGUUGCAGAAAUUGUUGUCACGUUGUUAAUUUUUUCUAGUGAAAUUGGUAUACUUAGGUCUUGUUCAUAUAUAUUUUCUUUAUUUUUUAUAUAUUUAAAAAAUAUUUAAGAAUAGAUGAAAUGUGUGUAUGUGUGCGUGUGUGUGUGUGUGUAUGUGUGUGUGUGUGUGUGUGAUAUAAAUAUUGCUUUAUUGUACAUUUUUUGCGACAAUAUUUUUUCUUAAAUAUGUUUAUGUUCUUUAUAUAGAUUAUCACGAAAUGAACAUUAUUGGCAAGAUGGUUUGACGCGACAUAGUCGAGAUGUGAUUAACGAGUCGAUGUAAAAAUGGAGGUAGGGACCUACGUACCUUUAUAUUCUAACUUAAGAUGAUGCCCUCGUUCUUUCAAAGCUUCGUGGCCGACUUUAGUCGAUCGCGAGGACUCUUAAGCAGUAAUUAAUUAAAACGAGAUACCUCGUUCGAUCAUUUAUUACGACGUUAUCAUUAGCGUUGCUUGGCUGUAGCGAUCGAUCGUCCGCUUUCUUUUGCUAUUCAUGAAACAAACUUGCUCUGAGCGAUAUCUUAUAGAAAAUAAAAAAGAAAUCGUUUAUUUUAUUCUUGUUUCUUUGAGACAAGAGAGAGAGAGAGAGAGAGAGAGAGAGAGAGAGAGAGAGAGAGAUUACUUCUCUUAAGAAUAUCUUACGAUUCUUCACAUUGUGAGAAUCAAAUCGGAAUUAUAUUUGAGAUAUUAUUAAUAACAUUUCUUUUUUUAUGAAAAAAGGAUUAAAGCAAUUUUGCAUACAUAUGUAUAAUAUUAAAAUUGCUUUAAGCGGAUAACAUUUUCCAAGUUUAUUUAUUUAUCAACUAUUUUACGGCCAAUUAAAUAAAAUUUUUAAGAUAUUUUAUCGAAGCAUUAUAACGCGUUGUAAUAUUUAUGGUAUAUUACAAGCAAUAUUAUCGAUUAUUGGAGUAAAUGCAUUAUAUGAGAGGUCAUUAAAAAACGUUACAUCAAAUAAUCUUUGCAAAAAAAAUAAGAUUUGACAUGAACAUGAAUUUACAUGAUUCUAUAGCAUCGCGGACGAUUGACUGAUGCAACCAGAUAUGCCGAAAAGAAUGAAGAGAAGAGAAAUAAAGACAACUGUGUUUGAGCAAAAAAUUGUUUAACAAUAGUGUAAUGCGAUGUAAAUAUUUACGGGGUCUAGAAAGGAGAGACGAGAGAGGAAUGCACAGCCUGUAAUAAAUCUUUGUAAUUGAUGGUGUGAUUCGCCCUUUUAAACAAAAGAUUAACUGAAGAAUAUAUAUAAAUAUGUAUAGAAAAAAGAUUAUAUUAUAUAACGUAAAUAUGAAGGAAGAAAUAUACAUAUGAGUUUAUGAUAUACAAUACACGAACACACGAACACGGUACGUGAAGAGUGCUCUCACUCGUUGCGAUAACACACUCUCACAUCUACUUGCAGCACCCUUGCAUCGCGCAAUAAAAUAAAUUCUAAAUUGUUCCGUACUAGAAAGCGUGCCUGAGUGUGUGAGAAACCGGACAAGUGUUUAAAGAAAAAGCAUAUAUAUAUAUAUAUAUAUAUAUAUAUAUAUAUAUGUGUGUGUGUAUAUACAUACACACACACUCAAAUGAGAUUAAUAAAUGAAGAAAUGAAUAAAUAUAUAAUGCAUCCGGUUUUUCGUUGUUCAAAGAGCACCGGUUAUAUUUGAGAUAGUUUCGAAAAAAUGCAGCAGUUUAAUUAAGGAACAGCAAACGCGUGAGUCAAAUGGAAAAAAGAUAUUGCAAAAAUUGUCACAUGAAUUUUUUUUUUCAAGAUUAGCUGUUAAUAAUUCACUUCAUUCGUCACGGACGAUCGCGCACGUGCGCGUUUUCACCUGCAUUUUUAUCAAUAAUUAAUUUAUUCGCGGGACAUACAUCGUGUACUUUUCCUGCGUGUGUGCCAAACUUAUGAACAAGUUACUUCUGAGCUUUGAAAUGUGCUGAACAACCGUCCUUUAAUAUCACAAAUUUCACACAUACAUUUACAUAAUUCUCAAUUUUUAAAUAAAUUUAUAAUAAUAUAAUGUUCAAUUGUAUUAUCAUAUUAUCUGCAUGAUGUUUGCUUAAUGAAAAUUGGAUAUAAAACUUUAAGCAUUAUGUUAAUAAAAUUUAUUAUGUUAACGUAAUUUUUUUAUUGAUGUUACAUAUUUAUUGUAAUUUAGAUUAAUCUUUCACAGACAUUUUAUUUUUGGAAAUUAUUUUCGAUGCUGUUAUAAAUAUAUAUAUUGUAAUUUUUAUCUAUUAAGCGAUCUAUUUGAUGCAUCUGAGAUGAAUUUUCUCAUAAAUUAAUAUCAGGAGAGAAUAUUGAAUUAUUUUAAUUAAUUUAAUUAACACGUGACAUAGUUUAUAUCUGACAUCAGAGAUCGACGACGCGGCGCGUCGCGAUGCAGUUGAUCGUCCUGUGAGUUAGCCUGUAAUCAAUAAAUAAAUCGUAAGUAAUUUAAGCGUGCAAUUAAGAAUAAAAAGAUUGAAUAGAGACUUUCGUUGAUGUUGUGACUCGUAGCGCGUAUGCGUGCUGCUCGUGUGUGUAUGUGUGUGUGCGCGCGUGUGUAAAACUAGCGCGCCGAGAUAAAAUUUCGCGAAUUUCAGGAAUUUCGCGAAAAUAUUUGCAAUUACAUGUCGCCUUCUCUUUUAAUGUAAGAAUUAGAAUUUUAAUCUAAAUAGGAUGUUAUUACAUUGUUCUUUAUUGUUUUGUUUUUCUUGAAGGAAAUACGUUUUGACACAUCUGCAAUAAAGUUCCGAAGAAAAAUUUAGUUCCUUUUUGGUUUUUAUACAGAUGUUUAUACUUUCGUAUUCUUAUACACGUAGACAUUUCUGCCAUCAAACUAAUAAUCAGCUUCAAUUUUGUAAUAUUCAUAUUUAAAAAAAAAAAAAAAAACACUAAACAAAGAUAAUUUUACUUCAAUUUAAAAUUAAGUAAUAUAUUCUACAAAUUCGCGAUACAUUAUUUCAUUGGCGCAUAGCGAGAAGAAGAAAACGAAAAGAAUUGUAUGAAUAAAGAGCGAGUAGUAUGACUACAAUAACGCUACUGUAAAUGGCAACAAGAAAUCUAAAAGGAGCAGGAACAACAAAAGCAACAAUACUGAAGCAGACCGAAGAUAAAAAUGAGUCUUUCACAACUUACUACCGUACUGCCAAUAUUUUCCGAAGCAACGUAAUAAUUUUAAUAAGGAUAUUAGGAUGAAAAGUCUAAGAAAAAUGCGCACUCGUCAGGAGUUUUUCCUUUCGUUUCCUUUUGCCGCUCCAAACCUUUGUGAAUUUAUUCGCAGGAAGAAAAUAUUUAGACAAGUUUUGAUUUAUGUAUCGUAGAAAAUAGAAAACAUUGAAAUAAAAAAUCAGAGAAUUGAAAGAUAUAACGAAUGCACGUCGCUCAGUGGGAAGUCUUUGAAACGAUAAAUAUGACGAAAAAUAUUUUGAUAUUAAAAAUGUGCCGAAGCUGCAUUUGCGAUCUUAAUUAUGAAAGAGACAUAAAAAUUAUUCUAAAAUUCUGAAAAAAAUUUUUAUGUAUAGUUUUAUGUAUAGUUAUAAUGUAUUUAUUAAAUAUUUGUCAUCUACUUUCCAUGAAAUACUACUGACGUUUCUAAAGAAAAGAAAAGAGAAAAUAUAAUAAGAAAUUAAAACAUCUUUUAAUUAAAAAUUUGUAAUCUCUUAAACUAUUUCAAAUCUUUUUUUUUAAUAUCUUGUACUUAAAGAUUUAGAUUUCAAUGUUACAUGUAUGAUAUACAUAUAAAACGAUUAGAUUUCUGUCUUAUUGUUAGAGACGGAUGAAUCUAUAGAGUUUGAGAAACAUACAUUCUACAUCUUCAUUAAAAUUCUAUUUAAAUUGCCGACUUGCUGCUGAGCAACACAAAUUCGUGAUGAUUAAAAUUAUAUCUUUCUUGCACGAUCAGUACUAUAAUAAUCAGUUUGUCAUUAAUAAGAGUAUUCUAUCUAUAGUAUGUUUUACGAGAUCGAUGUUAUUUAAUUACUCUUUUGACUUUAAAAACUUUUCUGGGGGAUAGCAAAAAUCAAACCGUUUUUGCUUAAUAAUGGAGAUAAAAUAACGCGCAAAAAAACUCUUGUGCAAUCAUGAUAAACAAAUAAGAAUUAAAUAUUAUACACACUGUCUCAUAGCAAUAAUUUCGUAUAAUAUUGUUAAAUAAAGAAGAAAUUGAGCAAGGAAAUUAUCGUAGAUUGUGGAUAUAUUUGAAAUAAUUACGAUAUAUUAUUGAUCGUGCGAGAUAUUAUUGACGCAAAAUUUCGUUGUCUUUUAACUUUGUGAAGAACUCACGAGAUUCGGGGCACUUAGAAAGCAACAAAGCGGCAAAAAUUAGUUUAUAUCUAGGCGUUGAUUCUUCACUGUACACAUGAUUAUUUCUUUUUUUUCUUUUUUUUUUCUUAGGCAGGACACUGUUCACGGUCUCGUCAAAUCUCGAUAAUUGACGCUCGGCGUAUAAUGACAAAUUACUGUACUAAUUAAGCGAUCAAGUUCCCAAAAUUGUUUGAUGAAUCAGAGAAUUCCUCGAAAAAUCCAUAUAUUCACAGAUAUGUUGCAUAAUGAUUAUGCUGAAUAAAAUUUUUAUACAAUGUGCUAUUAUAUUGAAUAAGAUAUAUUGAAAAAUCAAUUGAAAUGUUUUCAAAUUAAAUAUCAAGAUAUUUUACAUGAUUUUUUAACAUAAUUUUCAUUAUCAUAAAUGAUUUGCUGUGUUGUUUAAUAUAUUGCAAAUACUAUUAUUGUACAAUUUUUCUAUUAGUUUUAAUAAUCUUUCUGUAUUGUUUAUAAAUAAAUGCAAUUGACCAUAUUUUGAAACUUGAUUGCUGGUUUGAAAAGCAAAGUAAAUGAAAUUGUUAGAAAUAUUUUUAAAUAUUUUUACACAGCAUUGAUCUUUUGGAUAAAUUACAAUUUAAUUUAAUUUAAUUUAGUUUUCUUUAACAUCUUACAUCUUCUUUUAUAUUGUAUAAUAAUUAAUUUAAUAAUUCAAUUUUUGCAAAUUUAUGUGACUAUAUGUAAUUAUUUUGUACAAUUGGCUUUUCAAUUAUUAGAUACUUUGUGCACGUUAUAAGAAUAUUAACGUGAAUACUAACGUAUAUAUGCACAUGUCUUUUUACGUAAAUACCACACUCACUCGUAUGCGCGGUACAACAGGGCUUGCAUCACAUAUUUCUCAGGUCAGACUAAUUAAAUCAGGAGAUUAUGAUUCGUUCAGACGCGACACGACUGACGCCGAAAUAAAUGCGCGCAUUUUCAGGAUGCCUCAUUAAAUCUAGUAAUUAUUUUAAAGUCAGUUUUUUUAUCAAUAUAAAAUCCCAAUUUAAAAUAUCUUUUUUAAAAGUUUGAAUACGAUUUUUGCUUUUUCUUUUUCUUUCUUUCUUGGCAAAAAAAAAAAAAAUUAAAUUAAAAAUUUAAUUGCCGCAAGAUAUUAGACACAUGAAACAAUUUUAAUGAAUGAGAUUUCAAUGAAUAUAUGAAAAAAAAAUCUAUUUUUAAUGUAUUAAAGAAUUAUUAAAAUUAUUUUUUGAUGACAGAGUGAGAAGCAUCCUACAUAUUUUCUUGAUCCGUUUCAGAAGUGUCGACGGCCACGGAGUUCACCGGCGUGUUCAUAAGAUUUAUGAAAUCUUUGCGCGUGAAUCACAGAUCCAUGAAAAAGAUUAUUCUUAUUUACUUGUUUGGUACAAUUACUUGAAACAACGUCUAAUGAAACGACUAAAUUAUCACAAUAAUUAGUAUUAAUGUACAAAAUGAUACGCUGUUGUAAUAAUGGGAAAGCUAGCUUCCCACGGUCUACAAAGAGUUGAUAAAGUGGUUAAUUGUAUUGGGCUGUACGUAGUAUAAUUUUAGAAUAAUUAAAGAAACUGUGUUUAGCGAAAUUUAAUAAGAAAUCUUAACGUAAAAAAUUAAUUAAUGUAAGAUAUCACAUUUUUUUUUUCCUAUAAUUUCACUACUUCUAUGUAUGUAUGACGCGUAUUGCAAUUUUGUACUAUAUAUUAUUAUUAUUAUAAUUGGCAUGUAGCAAAUAUAAGUGAAAUAUCAUAAUGACGUUUGCAACUGACGCUCGAGAUAUUUAUCGGUAAGAAGCGGUGGAGCUUUGACUUCUUGCAUUCGCAGAUAAAAAUUGAAAUUAAUAUUAGGAGAUAGGGAUGAAUUUGCUCUUGAUCGAUCUCUUGUAUUGUUCUCGACGUACUAUUUUUAGAUUUAUAAAAAUGGACGCGAAUCGAAAUUAGAGAAAUGCGCCGCAUGAGCUGGGCCGUCGAUAUUAUUAUUCAGGUAUUUGAACUGAGAAUAAUUCGAAGUACGAAUACUUGAAUAACGAUUACGAACUCAAACAUCCAAAUUUUUAAUGCAUCGAAUGUCGUUAAUCAUUCUAUUAAUAGUUUAUAAAUUAUUAUUUUAAUAUUGUUUAAUAUUGUUAAAUUAUAUUAUUGCAAGCAAUAUGUAAAUAUAAUUGUACAUAUUGUUAAAAUUAAGUUUUAUAUAUUAUAGCAAUUAUAUAAGUGAAGCUGGUUUUAUAAAUGUAAUAGCAUAAGUUAUAAUACGAUCACAUAAUGGGGCUGAAGAAUUUAUUAUUAUUUUUUGCAUUUGUGUAAAAUUCUUCUGUUUUGUAAUCAUCAUUAUCUCGAAGAAAUUUACAUAGCGAUAUUCGAAUGUGCAGAAUCUAGAAUGUCAGAUAUUUGUAUAAUGACGGCCUGGCAGAAUGUUGAUAUAUCCAACGAUAACAAUAUUUUGAAUUGAAGCGUGUGAAGAGAAAUUGCGAUAUUCUAAUUUUCGGCGAUUGUAAUUAGAGAUGAAGACAUUUUAGCCAAAGGUGUUGUCCAUCUUCGAUAGUUUCUACGCCUUACUCAAAGAGAAAAUAAACUAAAAUUCAUAUUUCCAA